CAAUCUUUCUUCAGUGUUGUUUGAAAUUCAAUCGAAAAAUGUAUCGCAUGUUAAUCGCUUUCUGUGCCUUUGUGGCUUGCGUUAAUGGCAAUGUUCUUCGACCAGUUGUACCUAUGCCUGAUGGACGUAUUGUAGGUGGUGAGGAUACUACUGUGAAUUUGUAUCCCUGGCAGGUGUCAAUUCGUCUGUUAGGCUCACAUUCUUGUGGAGGUAGUAUUAUAAAUGAAAGAACUAUUGUCACAGCUGCUCAUUGUGGUGGUUAUCUUGCUGCUUGGUAUAAAAUUCAAUACGGCGUAACAACUAUCGGUGGUACAACAAACCUUGCCAGUGUUAAAUCAUUCAUCAGGCAUCCCCAAUAUGAUUCAAGCGUUAUCGAUCAUGAUAUUGCCGUCAUUAUUUUGGAUGAACCUAUUUCAUUCGGAGACACAGUUCAACCAAUUGAAUUGGCUAGUUCAAGUCCAGAUGCUGGCACUACAGCUGUUGUCACUGGUUGGGGCACAACAAGCGAAAGUGGCAAUCUUUCAAGUACUUUGCAGAAAGUGGAAGUAGAUAUUGUUGGCAACGAAGAAUGUAAUAAUAGUUAUAGUGGAGUAAAUACCAUUACUGAUCGCAUGCUUUGUGCUGGAGUGAAAGACGGUGGUAAGGAUGCUUGUCAAGGUGAUUCUGGCGGUCCAUUAGUUACUGGCAAUGUUCUCAGUGGUGUUGUGUCAUGGGGUGUUGGUUGUGCUCGUCCUGAUUAUCCUGGUGUCUACACCAAUGUUGCCAACUUAAAAUCAUGGAUUGAAGAAAAUGCCGUACUGUAAAUUUUAUUUAAAUAAAUAAGAUACGAAAUUAAAAGUCUCUGGAAAUCAUGAAAUAAUGAAUAAAUAAAUUCAAUAGUAAUUUUAAAAA